AUGCCUAAUGUUGGUAGCCUUAAACAAACCAAAAGGAUAUUACUAUCGUCAGUUGUUACUUCAGUGAUGACAUAUGGUAUCUCCAUAUGGGCUGAUGCUCUCAAAACUCUAAAAUCUAGGAGAAUGGCAGGACCUAUACAUCGUUUGAGUGCUUUAAGAAUUGCUUGUGCAUUUAGCACAAUAUCGGGGGAAGCAGUGUGCGUCAUUUCAAGAACUCUGCCUCUCUUAGUCUUAGCAGAGGAAAGACGGACAAUUUAUCAUAGAAGACUUCAACAACUGAGUCCUGAAAAGUUGAGAUUAGAAGAACGGCAGAACAGCAUUGACCGAUGGCGGCAACUGUAA